UGAGAGAAUAUCUGGACCGGACGAUAAAGUGGCAGCACAGGGGCCUGUGGCCUCUCAUGGUGGAUCGUCAAAGCAGGAAAUGAUGUCACAGCAGCAAGGGUCAACCCCCUGUACACCUGGAGAGAAGGAGGGGCCAGGCUUGGCUAGACAAGAAGAAAAAACAAGGAAGUUCUCACAAGUAAUUCAGUUGGUGUGUGUGUGUGUGCGUGAUCACUCUUAACACUUUGUGCGGGGGGGAGAAAAGAGGAUCUGAGCCUUCCAGUUGGUUUGCCAGCACGGGUAUGGACGUUCCCGAUUCACCGCAUGGGAAUAUGGGACUGCUUCGGACCUUUGAUUCGUCUGAGUUCUCCGGCUGGGAGAAAAUUGGCUCAGGUGGAUUUGGACAAGUAUACAAAGUACGGCAUGUUCAGUGGAAAACAUGGCUCGCUAUCAAGUGCCCUCCUUGCCUUCAUGUGGAUGACAAGGAGCGAUCAGAGCUGCUGGAAGAGGCCAAGAAAAUGGAAGCAGCCAAGUUCCGCUACAUUUUGCCUGUGUAUGGGAUCUGCGAGGAUGCUCAGGGCCUGGUCAUGGAGUACAUGGAGAGAGGCUCCCUGGAAACCCUUCUGGCUACGGAGCCGCUUCCCUGGGAGCUCCGCUUCCGGAUCAUCCACGAGACGGCUGUUGGGAUGAAUUUCUUACACUGCAUGGAGCCACCGCUGCUCCACUUGGACCUGAAGCCUGCCAACAUCCUGCUGGACGCACACUGCCACGUCAAGAUAUCAGAUUUUGGCCUGGCUCACUGGAACGGUCUGUCACGCGCCGAUGACAUAAGUCGGGACGGCUUCUGCGGCACCAUCGCCUACCUGCCACCUGAAAGCAUCAUUGAGAAAGACCGAAUGCCUGACACCAAACAUGACAUAUACAGUUUUUCCAUUGUCAUCUGGGGCAUCCUUACUCAGAAGAAACCCUAUCAAGGAGAGAACAACAUCUUGCAGAUCAUGGUGAAGGUGGUGAAAGGGGUGCGUCCGGAUCUGGGGGCAGUGCCGCGUAGUCACCCUACCACCUGCACAGGCUUCCUGAGCCUAAUGCAACGCUGCUGGGCAACUAGUCCUGAGGCCAGACCCAGCUUCCAGGACAUCACAUCCGAAGCUGAAGCUCUGUGCUGCAAACCUCAAGACGAGCCCAAGACUCCGACCUUGCCAGAGUCGGAGCCUACUUCCUGUGACGGUCUUUCCCCUCACCGCCAGGUUAAAAACAGUAAGCAACCAGUGCGUCCGAUCUCGGCCAUGUUGCCCGAAAAAGACUACAGUCUGUCCGAGCUGUUGACCCAGGUGGAUUCGGGGAUCUCGAGGAGCUUUGAUCGACUGAAGGAAGACAGCUGCCAGAGCAAAGAAAACACUAGCAAGAGGCUGUCUGGCAUGUCCUCCGCGGAUUCAGCUUUCUCUUCGCAAGAUUCUAUAACGCUCUCUUUUGAGAAGGAAAGCACCAUUGAUUCCGGUGAGGUCCACAAAAGGAAGUUAUGCGACGCCAUCAGAACAAAGGACAUUGCAAAACUGAUGAAGCUCCUGCAGCCGCAGGAUGUUGACCAUCUGCUCGACGGAGGAGGCAGCCUCCUCCAUUACGCUGUCAUCUUGGACAACGAGGAAGCCGUCAAAUUCCUUCUGCUGAAUAACGCCAAUCCCAACCUCGCCAAUGCGCGUGGCUCCACCCCCCUCCACAUGGCCACAGAGAAGCACUUGAAGCCCCUAGCAGAACUUCUGCUCAGCCGGCGGAGCACCAACGUCAAUGCCAAGGAUGAGGACCAGUACACGGCUUUGCACUGGGCGGCGCAGAAUGGCGACGAGCCCAUGACGCGCCUGCUGCUCGAACGGGGGGCGGCCAUCAACGAGACCGACGGUCAGGGACGCACGCCUGCUCACAUCGCCUGCCAGCACGGCCAGGAGAACGUCGUCCGUGUGCUGCUGAGAUAUGGCGCCAAUGUCCGGAUCAAAGGCAAGGACAAUUGGACGCCGCUGCACUUGGCUGCCUGGCAGGGUCACCUGGGAAUCCUGAAACUACUGGUAAAGCAGGCGGGUGCCGACAUCAACGGCCAAACGACGGACGGACGUGCGGCGCUGCAUUUAGCUUGCCAGAGGGGGCAGUACCGAGUGGCCCGAAUCCUAAUCGAACUCAAGGCAGACAUUCACAUGAAAACCUUGGAGUUAAACACGCCCUUGCAUGUUGCAGCGGAAACCGGUCACACCAGCACAUCCCGCUUCCUGAUCAAACACCACGCGGAUAUCCACGCCGAGAACAGCCAAGGAUUUACUCCUCUUCACUUGGCCUGCCAGCGAGGCCACCUGGCCACAGUCAAGAUGUUAAUAGAAGAAGGGGCCGAUCCUCAAAAAUUUACGCGGGCCCAACGGAGCCCAUUCCACCUGGCAGCCGAGAGCGGACACAGUGCAGUUCUGAAAAAACUGCUCCUUCACUGUCCAGACGGGGGCGCUCUGUCAGAUAAGCACAACCCGUUGCACCUGGCAGACGAGAGGCGAUACUUGCCAGAGGACCCCCAGGACUUAAUUAGCGAAAGCUUGGCGCCGCCUGAGCCCAAGCAGCCACCAGAGGCUAAGUCACUCCAGAGGAGAGUCGUCAUUCUCAAACUGACGGAGCGCAAAGACAAUCCGCAGGCGACCAGCUCACAGUGUGCACCUGCUAUAUGCUAACAGAAGAAAAAGCGCUGCUGAAACUGUUAAAGCUGAUGCCCAUCUGGUGCUUCCCAGUUAGACCAUCAACGGAACAGAAUAUGCUGUUAGCAUUUUAUCGUUCUUCAAAAAGCUUCCAUGUAAAUGUUUAUUUAUGACAACAUUUAGAAUAUACUUUUUUUUACCCAUUUUUUUAACUACAUAAACACAUUUGGUAAGAUGAAAACUGGUUUGGAAACAUGGGUUUGUGGACCUUUUUGAGAAUGUUGAACUGUACAUACCUGUAAAUCAUGUAUAGGGGUAGACAAACCUUUUUGUUAUUGUUUCAGAGCCGUUAUGGAUUUUAAAAAGCUUUGACAAUGUUAUGUGCCUGUUGCAUAUGAGUGCUACAUCACAGUAUCCAUUAAAAUACAUUUCGCCUUACUGUAA